GACGAUUUCGGCCGAUUCUGUCAAAUGUGAAGGAACCUUAAGAACCUUAAACAAUCAACUGUCAAACUUGUUGUUUACAUGUUUUCAGAUUUUGUCAUCAUUGUGUUUGUCCCGAAGAGUCGAAAUUCAACUAUAAGUAAAUUGAAAGGUAUUUCAAGAAAAUGGCCAAUACCAAAGAAGAAGGUUUUUCAAAGCGAUUACGAAAAGAGACAAGAGACGUGCACAAAGUCAGUGAUGCGCUGAUAAAUGCAAAAUUGGCAUUUGCUUUGUCCGAUAAUGACGUAUGGGCAGAUGGUUUGUUAGUUUUUUAUGAAAUUUUCCGUUACCUAGAGGAAAAUACUCCCGAAGAUUUGCUGCCAAAGGAAUUCCAUCGCACACAAGCAUUUGAAAGAGAUUUGAGCUUUUAUUUGGGUGAAAAUUGGAAGCGCAAUUAUGAAAUACGCAACAGUGUCACAAUGUAUUUAAAGCAUUUAUACGAUGUAAAAAAACGCAGUCCAACACUUCUUUUGGCCUAUGUCUACCAUUUGUAUAUGGGUUUGCUGUCAGGUGGACAAAUCCUGCAGAAGAAGCGUUCAUUGAAUCCACUCAACAGUGGAAACAAUGAAGGUGAAGCUGUUACACACUUUGAAGGACAUUCAAUCGCCGAAUUAAAAACGAUAAUGCGCAAUUUGGUCGACACAAAGGCAUUGGAAUUCGACGAUUCGAUGAAAACGUUGCUAAUUGCCGAAAGUAAAAUGGUUUUCUUCCUAAACAAUGAAAUUGUUCGUUCUGUGCGCGGCGUCAAUCGAGCGAAUUUGCGGAAAUUUGGCAUUGUUUUAAUCAUCGUCAUCGCCAUAUUCUAUUUUCUCAGAUUUAAUAAAUAAGUCAUCGUCAUUAUGGUUGAAAUUCGGCAUAAUUUAAGGUUAUUUCAAUUUUUUGUUACCUGGUUUUUAUGUAUGGAAAGGUCUUUGCUUUUAUUCGGUUUGAAUUCAAUUGACUGAAGUCAUUGGUCAACAAUUUUUACCAGAUAGAAUGGACAGAAGUUAGUAGAAAGCAGAAAAAAAUUCGGCAAAUUUUGAGGAUGAUAGAUUCAAAAAUGAUUUUAUUAAUGCAUUAUGUUAUGAAAUACCCCAUAUUUGAAGGUAUCACUUAAUAAACAUAUUGAAAAAUAUCGAUAUUAAAA